GGCGGGUUAAUCAUUCGCACACAAGCGGUGCCAUUCAUGAGAAGGGCAGUGCCACCUUCCUUUGACUGUGCCGCUAAAGUGAGUGGGGCCAGUGGGAGCCGCCUGGGCAGGGCCACAUUGUGCCUGUGAUAGUGUUUGUAGCCCAGCCCCCCCCCCUUGCCCCCCAGGGGACAGAUCCCAGAUACAGAUCCCAGAUACAGGGGCUACAGCCACAGGCUCGUCCCGUUACCAAGUACUCAGGCUUCCCAAGCGCUUUGCUGUGCAAAGGUGACAGUUGUAGGUGUGCAAUGUGUGUCAUACGGAAAGGCGGCAGCUGUCUCCUCCCUCUCCCCAGGCCGCCCCACCCUUCCCCUGGAUAAGCCUGACAGACUGGUUACUGGAUACCUGUGGGCGCUGCACCUUUAUCGCUCUCCGCUUCAUGCCCACAUACAGCUUAACUUCCCAGUCGCUCCCGAUGGCCGCCCCCCGGAUCUCCCAAUGCAAUGGAACCCACACAGGGCACAAAGAACCUCUGAAGAACGGACUGCACAAAAGGAACGGAGUGUGCAAGGCAGCGCAGCACAAUGGAACACCAAAUGGCACCCUGUACAAGAAGCCAUUUAUGGAAUCUUUUGAAGAAGCGCCAAUAUAUGUUGCCGUGCUCACCUACAUAGGAUAUGGUGUUGUAACGUUAUUCGGCUAUCUGCGAGACUUUAUGAGGGCAUGGGGGCUGGAAAAAUGUCACAUGGCUGAAGAAAGGGAAGAACAAAAAGACUUUGUGCCUCUCUAUCAAGAUUUUGAAAAUUUUUAUACAAGAAACCUUUACAUGCGGGUGCGAGAUAACUGGAAUCGUCCCAUCUGCAGUGUCCCUGGGCCUCAGUUUGACCUAAUGGAGCGUUUGACAGAUGACUAUAACUGGACAUACAGGUACACAGGAAAAGUGAUUAAAGAUGUGAUAAAUAUGGGGUCUUAUAACUACCUUGGCUUCGCAGAGAAUGAUCCAGAGUCUCUAGUAUCAGUUAAGGACGUUGUACAAAGUUAUGGAGUUGGUGUCUGUAGCACCAGGCAAGAGAUGGGUCACUUGGAUAACCACAAAGAACUGGAGGACUUGGUGGCUGAGUUCCUUGGGGUAGAAGAAGCUAUGGUGUUUAGCAUGGGUUUUGCCACCAACUCCAUGAAUAUCCCUGCAUUAGUUGGAAAGGGCUGCCUUAUAUUAAGCGAUGAGCUGAACCAUACUUCUUUGAUACUUGGCGCAAGGCUGUCUGGAGCAACAAUACGAAUUUUCAAACACAACAAUAUGCAGAAUCUGGAAAAGCAAUUACGAGACGCAGUGGUAAAUGGGCAGCCACGGACACACAGGGCAUGGAAAAAAAUCCUCAUCCUUGUUGAAGGCAUUUACAGUAUGGAAGGUUCCAUUGCCCGGCUUCCAGAGAUCGUAGCUUUAAAAAAGAAAUACAAGGCGUACUUGUACUUGGAUGAAGCACACAGUAUUGGGGCCGUGGGAGCAACAGGUCGAGGAGUGGUCGAAUAUUUUGGGAUGGACCCAACAGAUAUUGAUGUGUUGAUGGGCACAUUCACCAAAAGCUUUGGAGCAGCUGGAGGAUAUAUUGCUGGUAGAAAGACGCUUGUGGACUACCUGAGAACGCAUUCGCACAGUGCAGUUUAUGCAGCAUCUAUGCCUCCUCCUAUAACUGAGCAAAUCAUCAGGGUCCUGAAGUGCAUAAUGGGCCUCGAUGGGACAUUGAUUGGGCUGAAGAGGGUGCAGCAGCUUGAAGCAAACACCAGAUACUUUAGGCAGAAAUUGCGUGACGUGGGAUUCAUCACUUAUGGGAAUGAGGAUUCACCUGUCAUCCCAGUUUUACUGUACAUGCCAGGCAAAGUAGGGGCAUUUGCAAGACACAUGCUUGAGAAGAAAAUCGGUGUUGUUGUAGUUGGGUUUCCAGCGACCCCUAUCACUGAAGCCAGAGCCAGAUUUUGCAUUUCAGCUGCACAUACGAAAGAAAUGUUGGACAAAGUCCUUGAUGCGCUGGAUGAAAUGGGCGAUUUUCUGCAGUUAAAGUAUUCCCGGCAUUCCCGAUCGGCCCGCUCCGCUGCAGAUCACGAGACAAACCUCGACCUUGAUGACUGAGUCAUGGUUGCUGCAACGCUUUGUGCACAAAACCACUGUUGCCACUCUUAUAUUAUAUUACUAUCAUUUGAACAUAGCCAUGACUUUUCAGCUCCCAGGUUUUCUUUUUUAUUUUCAUUUCUUUAUUUAUCUUAAGUGUUAAUUUGUUUGUGUGAUGCCAUGCACUGAGAACUGGAUGUAAUACUGUCCUUCCUUUAUAAGGAAAGAGUUUUAAAAGAAUCCGUAUAAACUUAUCUAUCAAAAAUAUGUGCUUCAGUACCUCGAAAGUACAGUAUUAUUGCAGCCCACAUCUCUUUAAAGCUAAUGCCGUGUAAGAAGAUAUUUUUUUUAACAAAUUACAUACUGACAAAAGAAACUGUGAUCUUUUUUUUCUUUAUUAAAAAUGCUGAUGUGCA